AUGGCUGCUCCUGCCACUGAAAACAACCAGAGACCUUUCCAAAAUGCAAUGAGACUUGUCAAAGUGGCUAUCCAGUUGGAUUCGGGGAACAGACAUAAGGAGGCAUACUGCGAAUAUUUGAGAAGUGUCUGCUACAUUUCCCACGCUCUCCUUGAGGAUGGAUCAAAACAGGAUGGAGAGAUGGUGACAGAAGAAGUGGAGAAGAUGGUGAAACUGGCAGAGCAAUGUUUAGAAAGAGUCAAAUCUUUCAUAGACAGAAAGGACACACCCCCUGACUCCAUAUCAUCAUCUGCACCUACACCAUCUGCAUCAUCAUCUUCUUCUUCAGUCACCUCAACUUCUCUCACACAGACAGCUGCACAGUCAACUACCUUUGCAAGCAGCUCUGAGCAGAAAGCGACAUCACAAGAGAAACUGGACGAACUGGAGACGCAGCCAAACACUGCCCCCCAGUCCAGACAUCGGAGAGUCCUCUCAGACGGUGGCAAGGCAAACUCCCCGUUCCUGCCCCCUGAAGUUUUCCAGAGGCUACAAACAGUAGAGUCACAAGACCAAAGAAAGGAACUUACCCCAAUUGAGGAGGCAUCGCGUUUGAAUCAGAAACUCAAGGCAAAUUACGAAGCCCGAAUGGCACGACUUGCCCCUGGCCAGGCAUCACAGAAGACAUCACUGACCCUGUCUCUCCAAAGGCAGAUGAUGGAGAACCUGAUUAUAGCCAGGGCCAGGCAAGAAGCUCUCCAGAGGAAGAUGGAAGAGAGGAGGCUCCGAUUACAAGAAGAAGCCAACAGGAGGUUUGCAAGUUCUGGAGCGAUGACGCCUGAGGAGCAGGAACAGCGGGUUCUCUAUGCAAACAUUCUGGAAUAUGAACAAGACCAUGAUUGGCCCAAGGUUUGGAAAGCUAACCUGAAAAAGAACCCAAAUGAUCCCACCCUGAUCUCCGGCCUUGUCUCAUGUCUUCUCAGCUGCCCUGACCACCCGGUGAUGAAGCUGCUGAGGAGGCUGCAGUACAGGGUUUAUAACAAGCUCUACCCUAUCGUGAGUCAGUGUGGGUCUGUCAGCCCCCUGCCCUGCCGCUCCCCGUCACUCAAACCCUCACGCAGUGCUCAGAGCCUGCUCCUCCCCGACAGCCCCCUCCCCCCGCAGAAACAGAACCAGAACCAGAACCGACCCACGAUGGCCCACAGCCUGUCGGACGCCUCCAUCUCGCUCUCCCUCUCCCACGAUCACAACGCCAACACCACGGAGGCCGAAACCGAUCCGGACAAGCCCCAAACCCCAGGCCCUCCGGACAGGGAGAACUCGUUCGAGGAUCUAGAGCAGUUCGUGACUCACCUGGACUGGAUGCCAGGUCACGAUGACGACCCCACAGGCUCGGACCUGACCUUUGACACGACGCAGACAGAUGUUGAACUGCAGAUUCAGGAUCUUGAGGAGCGAGCCCUAAAAGAGCACUUGAAGACCAUUGUCAAAGAUAUUCACAACUGCAUUGAUCGCCUGUUGUCACUCUGUCUUCUCUCCUUUGAAUGUCUCAACACUGCGAAUGCCAAAGACCAGUGUGUUGCCAGUUUAGAGGAGGCUUUCUUCACCCCUCUAUGGGGUCCUCUUCUGGCACUCUUCAGGAAGGUCCAUCGGGAGCAAGAGCUGGCUUUCCAGGCUAGUGUCCAACUCUACCGAAACACCUCCCCAGGCGAUGUGGGUGUCCCCGCCAAGUUGUUCCCCAAAGACCCAGCUGUGCUUCAUGGUUCCUACCCGUACGAGUGUGCCGUGCAAGAGCUUAAACUGCUGUGUGGGGACUGCUGCCCUCAGAGAAAGCUGGAGUGCAUUGUGCGAACACUAAGACUCAUCUGUGCAUGUGCAGAAGAUUACCGCUGCCACCAUGAGGACGAUUCCCCUCAGAAAUCAGCAGCCAUAGGGGCGGAUGACCUGCUGCCAAUCUUGUCCUUUGUGGCCCUGCGAACCGAACUACCCCAGCUGGUGUCCGAGUGCGCCGCACUGGAAGAGUUCAUCCACGAAGGGUACCUGAUCGGAGAGGAAGGUUACUGUCUGACGUCCAUGCAGAGCGCUUUGACUUACGUGGAAUCCCUGCACUCGGGAGGUAUUUCUCGCCGCGCUGCCAAGCCCACCUGAGAGAGCCAAGCCAGGGUGGGUUGCCUUGCUCUUGGAAGGUUUUU